AUGUCUACCACUCCUCUCCUCUCUCCUCUACCAAAAUCACCCACCGAAGCCCUUUCCAAUCCAAACUGGAAAAAUGCCAUGACCGACGAAUUUCGUGCAGUUAUUGAUAACAAGACUUGGGAAUUAGUACCCAAACAGCCCGGUAUGAACAUUGUUCGUAGCAUGUGGAUUUUUAAACAUAAAAAGAAAGCGGAUGGCACGCUUGAACGAUAUAAAGCCCGGUUAGUGUGUGACGGUCAAUCACAACAAGUUGGUGUUGAUUGUGGGGAAACCUUUAUCCCCGUAGUCAAACCGGCAACAAUUAGAACGGUGUUAUCUUUAGCUUUUUCUAAGUCAUGGCCUAUACAUCAACUCGAUGUCAAAAAUGCUUUUCUACAUAGGAACUUAAAUGAAACGGUUUUUAUGCAUCAACCAAUGGGCUUUCGUGAUCCGACGUAUCCCAAUCAUGUUUGUCUACUCAAAAAGUCUCUUUAUGGCCUCAAGCAAGCACCGAGAGCAUGGUACCAACGGUUUGCGGAUUUUGUUUCAAAGAUGGGUUUUAAACAUAGCCAAUGUGAUCAUUCCUUAUUCAACUUCAACAAAGGUCAUCACAUGGCAUUCAUAUUAUUAUAUGUUGAUGAUAUUUUGUUGAUAACAUCUUCAGAUGACUUAAGGGAAAAAUUCAUGACUCGGCUUUCUAAAGAAUUCGUAAUGAAAGAUCUUGGGCCACUUAACUACUUCCUUGGUAUUUCGGUUACACGGGACUCAAGCUCUCUAUUUCUUUCGCAAGAAAAGUAUGCAGGAGAAAUCCUUGAACGGGCCGGCCUCUCGGAUUGCAACCCAGCAGCCACCGCGGUUGACACACAAAACAAAUUGAGCAGUAAUAAUGGGACGCCAGUUGACAAUAUUACCGAAUACCAAAGCCUCGCCGGCGCUUUACAAUACCUCGCCUUUACCCGACUGGACAUUUCAUACGCGGUUCAACAAGUAUGUCUCCAUAUGCAUGACCCGAAGACCAUCCAUUUAAAUGCUCUUAAAAGAGUUCUAAGAUACAUUAAAGGCAAAAUCUCAUAUGGUCUUCACAUUCAACCAUCCUCAACAUCCUCUCUCACAGCUUAUACCGAUGCCGAUUGGGGAGGGUGUCCCGACACAAGGCGUUCAACAUCCGGUUAUUGUGUAUAUAUGGUUGACAAUCUUCUCUCAUGGUCCUCCAAACGUCAACCCACUUUGUUCCGCUCAAGUGCCGAGGCGGAGUACCGUGGCGUCGCUAAUGUGGUUUCCGAAGUUUGUUGGCUUCGCAAUUUACUACUAGAACUUCAUCACCCCUACAACGCGCCACCUUAG